AUGGGUCUCUCAGAGUCAGCAGUUAUUCCUAUUGCCGUUCUCUCCGCGAUAGUCGGCGUCUCUCUUGUCUUCAUAUGGUGGUGGUUCCCGAGGGCAUGGGCCCGCGGUAACGCCGAGGAGCAGCGACUCCAGGAGCAGGAAAUGCGAGAGCGCGAGGCCUAUAUGGCGAACGUUCGGGCGCAGCAAGCGGUCAACCGGCCACGCGACGAGGAGACUGGUGAGGCUGGAGAAGAGCCACCGUCAGAAAAUCAUGAGAAGCCGCCUCCGGUUUACGUCCCUCAGAAGCCAGCGGGCUACCAGCCGCCGGUGACGCCGUAUUGA